UAUUUAGUGUUGUCGAUAUGCUUCAAAAGUUGCCAAGUGUCUCCAACUCUGACAUUUUAGGACAUCUUCUGAGAUAUGUGAAGCGUCUAUUCCUAAUGCAUUCCAUACCCAAGAAGACGAUAUAUCAAUUGGUGGACUAUGUGGUGUGUCAGCUUCCAUAUCAUAUUGACAGACUUGACUCAGGGGGAUGUUGCUUCAUGCUGUAGAUGUUUAAAAUUAGUUCAUAGGUUUGACGGAGCAAUAGCAAUCGAUUUGCAGAAAAGAAGCAUGGACCUCUUUGAAUUAUCAUCAGCCACAAUAGAAAUCAGGGAUAUCGUACAGGUGUGUCAGUCCUUCACUGCUCAAACACCUCAUCGAGUGAAAACCCGCAUCUAUCCCCUGCUUCUGAGUAAAAUGAAAGAUGCGGAUGUCUAUGCUCUCUCCUCUCUAGCCGAAAUAUUCCUUUACGCAGAGAUAGAUGACAAGAAUGUGAUAUGGCAUUUCAAAAAACAAACUUUACAUCUGUUUGACAAUCUAGCUACUUUCAAGGCGAGAUUUCUUAAAGUUCUCAGACUCCUAGUAAGAAGGGAAGCUGAAAAUGAAACCAUUCGAACUGAGCUUGUGGAGAAACUCAUUCAGCUCCAGGGAGAUGGAGCUCUCUUUAGACGAUCACUAAUGUAUUCCAGCACUCUCAUAAUCCUGUCAAAUCUCAGGGAUGAACUGCCAGAAAAGUUUGUAAAAAAUUUACGAGCCAAUAUGUCUUGGCUACAUCCAGAGCAGAUAUGCUCUAUAAUGAUCCGGAUAAAAAAUCAACAAUUUGUGAAACAAAAUCCAAACCUUGUUCUGCAACUUCACCUCAGCCUUCAGAAACAAUUGUCGGAAAAGUUAGAGACUGUGAGGGAGUUUGAUAUGAUCAACCGAAUCAUCCAGGGAUUGUACCUUGACAGCUCCAGCAAAGAUAUGACACCCCUCCAGGUACUGAUGCCUCACCUGGGGCAGGUGACAAAAUACUUGACCUCAUCCCAAGUGUCUCCUCUUCUCGACACCCUGGAACACAUUCGGUAUUGUGAUCCUCAGGUGUCGGAGAAUUUAGAAAUGUAUUUUCUAGACUAUGGGUGGAAGAUUAGCCCAAGUAUUGCAAGCAGGAUUCUAGAAUGGUUUGUUUUAGUCGGGUAUAAUCCCAAGAACAUGGAGGCCUUCAGUGGAGUGUGCUCUGAGAUGAUGGAUACCGCUCUCCGGAAGAAUGAUGUCCAUGUUCAGGCCUCUCUUGCCCUGAACCUCUGUCGAUUCCAGAUCUACCCUGAGAUGCAGCUCUGCCAAAUGUUCAGUCUGGACUAUCUGCACAUGUUUGACAAGAUGCGAGAAGGUGCCAAAAAAUCUCUGGAAUUGCCGAUGAUGCUUCUGAACCGACACAUGGUGAUUGACUGCCCUCAGUUGGACAUCCCGUGGUUCCACAAGGACUUCUACAUCCAGUAUGAAAGCCACUACAACCGGUAUCCACGGAAACUGGAGUCGCUGGUUAAGGGUGCCGUAGGAGGCAGAGAGUACUACCAGACCAAGGUUUACACACCCUACCAUCACUGUCUCGAUUUUGAGGUGUUGCUGGAUGCCAGUGGUCUACCUGUGAAGCACAUAUCUCCGGAAGACGAUGAAGACCGAGAAUAUCAGAGGGUGGCUAUUCUGUGGUAUGGGAAGGACAGCUAUCCCCUGAACAGCUACACUUUGGGCCACGACAAGAUCAGCAAACAACGCCAUCUUGAAAUCCUUGGCUACAAAGUUAUUCCAGUGCCAUAUUAUGAAUGGCAGUCGAUGGGAGACAACAGAGAAUACCUGAGGAGGAACAUACAGCAAUAGUCAAGCCAUGUUCCUGCAUCUGUGGACUCAAACAAUUCUCGGGAUACUUGAUCACCGACAUCACUUUCCACACAUAUUGUAUACAGUUGUGUUAAAGUCAACUAGUGUCUAGUCAAGGGCCUGUUCAAGUUCUCCUUGUGUAUGGAGAGUAUAACUGCUGAUAUUUUACAGGAAAUCUGAUGCAACUGUCUGAUCCCAGUCAGGACCUAUGUGAGACAGUGGCACGAACUCCUCCACCCUGUCACCAGAAACUGGAUCCUGAAAUUCUGACUUUACAUACCAGUAUAUGUUGCAGUGGUCUUUCACAAUAGAAAGAAAUGGCAAUAUCACCGUACUGAAAUAGCAAGUAGAUUUAUGGUGACCUUGAGUUCAGAAAUGUCCAAGCUCAGGAGCAAAAUGAAUAGUGGUAAAUGAAGCAGGAUUUCUUAUCAUCAGAAUGGAGAUUUGAGACACUUAGAAAUUCACAGAAGAGUUUCCAGUUAUGUGCUAUCAUAAAAUUACAAAAUAAAUAUUAUAAAUGACCUUGACUGUUUCCCCAGCCUUUGAAAAUGUUGGACUUGCCAUUGCUGUGUUAUCCAUACUGCCAAAUGUGAUGUGAUGUUUUAGAAAUAAAUACCAUUUUAUUUUUGUA